AUGAUGCUAAACAAUGCUGCCAACGGAGCCUUUACAAAGAAGACAUUCAACGAGAUAGUCGACAUCCUAAAUGACUUAGCUUCACAYAACGAACUAUGGUGUUCGCAAAGAUCUAGGGCAGCACCAAAGAAGCAAGAUCCAGCUGGAGUUUUGGCUCUAGACAUUGCGAGCUCGAUGCAAAAAGAGAAGGUUACAAUGAACCAGAGGCUGAAAGAGAUGGUGUUGGGAUUAAAAAAUCCAUUAGCCACGCCGAUACAACCUGUGCAGUCGGAUUAUUGCACUCCUGCCCCUGUUUGCCAAGUCAACGAUCUCAUUUGUUCAUUUUGCAGUGAAAACCAUAUUUAUGAUMAUUGUCCACAUAACCCUGCUUCCGUUUUUUAUGUAGGACAUGGGAACAAUAGGAACUUUAACCCAUAUUCGAACACCUACAACCCCGGUUGGAGGCACCACCCUAAUUUCUCAUGGSGAGGUCAAGGAGGUUCGARCGGUUUUAAUCAAGGGCAGAGCCAGCAGAACAAGCAGCCCUAUGUUCCACCUACACAGCAAUACAUCCCGCCACCGCAACAGCGGUACAAUCAGAGAACACAGACUCCACCAGUUCAAAAUAACAACUCAAAUCUUGAGAAUAUGAUGAAGGAGUACAUGGCCCGAACCGACGCAGUGAUACAAUCCCAAGCGGCAUCAAUGAGGAAUUUCGAGACCCAAUUGGGACAGCUCGCCAAUGAAUUGAAGAAUAGACCACAAGGUUCUUUUCCARGCCAUACUGAAUUACCAAAACGAGAAGGGAAAGAACAGUGCAAAGCUGUCACCCUUAGGAGUGGACUGGCAUAUGAUGAACCAACAAUGCCAACAGCAGAUGUACAGAUUCCGUCCACUGGACCAACUGUAAAGAUACCAGAGAAUCCAACAACACCAGAAAAAKAAAAUAUUAGAAAAGGUAAUGAGGACACCCCGAGUGUUCCUCCACAGAUUUUGGAGAAGCACAAAAAGGCCAUUGGAUGGACRAUAGCAGAUAUCCGAGGGAUAAGCCCGGCCUUUUGCAUGCACAAAAUCUUAUUGGAAGAAGAUACUAAGAACUCUAUUGAGAGUUAA